UGUACAUCUCUCAAUAAUAAUAAAAUGUCUUUCAAUUUUCUCUUCUUGCUUUUCCAUACUUUAAACCUUAACAGUGGUUUUGUUGCUUCCGCAAUUCUUCUUAUUGUUUUAGGGUUUAUCUAGCUUUAAGGCAUGUAAGAAGCUCAAUCAAAUUGAGCUCUCAGAUUGUGAAAUAUAUGCCUCCUGUGAACCUUGCCCAAUGUGCUUUGGUGCCAUCUAUCUCUCGAGAAUCAAGAGAUUGGUUUAUGGAGCCAAAGCCGAGCAGCCAUAGCAAUUGGGUUUGAUGUAUUGGAAGAAAGCACACAGUUUUGCAAACAAAUCUUCAAUAUUAUCCAAAAUAUUUGAUCAGUCUAAUGUGCUCGUGGGUACAGGAUUAAUUAUAUGCAUUUGUAGAGUUGAACGUAUUGAUGCUCGGAUUCAGUCCAUUGUAAAGAAGAGUAGCGCUUGAUUGCUGACAAUGAUGUAUUUGUAGGAUUAAAAGUCAAGAUUUAAG